UCACAGACCAAAAUGGAUUGCAUGGGGUAUGGUUUUAUUUGCAGUUUCCUCAUUCACAUGUUCCUUACCACAUUUUAUUUACGGUAGGCAUCUUAUAAAUGCUAACGAACUGACAGGUAUCGUAAAAGAUCCCAACAUAUGCAAGGCAAAAUCUACACCAUUCCUAGAGCUUUCAAAUAUUACUAGAAUAGAUAAUUUUACAAAAGAUAAUCCAGAAGACUGUUAUGAAGAAGUUAUUACCUCCGGAUAUCGCUUAGCACCAUCAGUGACAAAUAUUGUGUUAGCGAUAUUCUUUAUUAGUUUAUUGGGCGUGGGUAUGGGCCAGACAGCAGUAUAUACCUUAGGGAUACCUUACAUUGAUGAUAAUGUAGCUAGCAAAGACGUAGAAUCUAAUUUUAUUGUUUUCUGUCUUAGAUCGUUGCAAAAAAUUGUUAAUUUUCCAAAUUGGGGAUAAAGCACAUACCUAAC